AUGGUUAAUACAACAUCAAAAAAACGUCCUCGUCAAAGUAGUUCAAGUAGUGAAGAAUCUGAAUCGGAAAAUGAAUUUCAAGUUGAAUCUAUUGUUGAUAAACGUACAAAAGGAAAAAAAAUUCAAUAUCUUCUCAAAUGGAAAGGUUAUACUGAUGAUGAUAAUACUUGGGAAGAUAUAGGAAAUUUAAAUUGUCCAGAAUUAAUUAAAGAAUUUGAAGAUAAUUUAAAAAAGAAAACAAAUGAAAAAAAAUCAAUACGAAAAAGUGAAACAAAAAGUAAAAAAAAAACAAAAAAUAAUUCAAAAAAAUCAAAAUUAAAUGAAAGUCAUGAUGAAGAUGAAGAAAUUACUGAAGAUCAUGAUAUUAAUCAUCAAAAUGAUGAUUUGGAUUUAAAUGAUCAUGAAUUAAAUGGUACAUCACAUAGUCUAUUAUCAAAUGGUAAUCAAACACCAAAUAAAAAUCGUCUUAGAUCAACUUCUAAAAGUGAAAGUAUAAAUAAUGAUAAUAUUGAAGAAACAAAUAUAUUAGAUGAUAAUAAAAAUGAAACAAUAAAUAAUGAAGAUGAUAAAAAUAAUAAUAGUAUUGAAUUAUUAAAUAAAUGUUCAAUAGAAAAAGAAAAUAAUUUAAAUGAUGAAACAAAUGAAGGUAGUGUUAAUCUUCGUCUUCGUAUAACACCAACAUCAGCAUCAUCAAUAUCAUUAACACUUAAUGAUAGUGAUAAUAAUAAUAAUACAAAUGAUAAAUCAAAUAAUGAUAAUUCAAUUAUAAUAACAAAUGAUCAAGAACAAGAACAAUCAGAUAUAAUACAAGAUGAUGAAGAUAAUAUUGAAAAAAUUGAAGGAGUUAAAAAUGAUCAAGAUGGUAUUUCAUUUAGAAUUAAAUUAAUUGGUCAUCAUGAUACACAAUGGAUAUCAGCUAAAAUUGCUAAUAAAAAAUAUCCACAAGCUGUUAUUGCUUUUUGGGAAAGUCAUGUUGAAUUUACUUAA